AUGCCCCAGCGACGGAGACGAGCCCCCUUGAGUCCGUUUGCACGAGGGUACACACAAGAAAUCAGAGAGGCAAUCAAAUGCUGCGUCUGCAAGCGGCGUCGCCCGAAGUCACAGUACUCGAACAAUCAGCUCAACUACCUCCGCCAGGCAAUGUUCGAUCUUGGCUACAGCAACAUCCGUGACCAGCAGGUUGCUAAGUGUGGCCCAUGCACGAAUGCUCAGGUUUGUGAGGAGCUGUGUCAUCAUUGUGGUCACUACCGUGCCAUCGACCAAUUUGCUAGAAACCAACGGAAUCGCGAGAAUCCGGUCUGCCAGCCCUGCAUAAACUACCAGAUGUCCCUUGAUCCUAUCGAUCAACCUCUUGCAAUCACGGACAAAGCUGUGGCUGAGAAAAAGGAAGAGAAGGAGGAAGAUGAACUCAACUCUGAAUCUGCAGCCCACUCUGGAUCUGUGGCUCUGUCUGGGUCUGCGGGACGCCCUGAGUCUGUCAAUCUCUCUGACUCUCUGGGUCAGCCGGAGAGCCUGGAGCGUGGUAUCGAGCAAGCUCUUGUCCUGCGUGACGAUUCCUCGGAUAGUGAUAGUAAUGCGAACCGGGGUGGCUUUGCAAAAGUAAAGGCGCACCGUCCUCGCCAGCAGCCUGUUCCCUACCCCGAGCCCGCCCCAGGCUGGGCACCUGGUACCCGCAAGGCUGAUGAUGGCACUCCUUGGAAAGGAGGAAGGUUUCUCUGA